CAAGAAGCUUGAGGACCUUCUGGAGAAAAGCUUUUCUCUGGUCAGGAUGCCGUCUCUGCAGCCCGUGGUGAUGUGCGUCAUGAAGCACCUGCCCAAGGUUCCGGAGAAGAAGCUGAAGCUGGUGAUGGCUGACAAGGAGCUGUACCGCGCCUGUGCCGUGGAGGUGAAGCGGCAGAUCUGGCAGGACAACCAGGCGCUAUUCGGGGACGAGGUCUCCCCGCUGCUGAAGCAGUACAUUCUGGAGAAGGAGGGCGCGCUCUUCAGUUCUGAGCUCUCGGUGCUGCACAACUUCUUCAGCCCUUCCCCUAAGACCCGGCGCCAGGGCGAGGUGGUGCAGCGACUGACACAGAUGGUGGGGAAGAAUGUGAAGCUCUACGACAUGGUGCUGCAGUUCCUGCGCACACUCUUCCUGCGUACACGCAACGUGCACUACUGCACGCUGCGGGCCGAGCUGCUCAUGUCCCUGCACGACCUGGACGUGGGUGACAUCUGCACUGUGGACCCCUGCCACAAGUUCACCUGGUGCCUGGAUGCCUGCAUCCGAGAGCGGUUUGUGGACAGCAAGCGAGCGCGGGAGCUGCAGGGCUUCCUGGACGGCGUGAAGAAGGGCCAGGAGCAGGUCCUGGGGGACCUGUCCAUGAUCCUGUGCGACCCCUUCGCCAUCAACACGCUGUCGCUGAGCACCAUCCGGCACCUGCAGGAGCUGGUCGGCCAGGAGACGCUGCCCAGGGACAGCCCUGACCUCCUCCUGCUGCUGCGGCUGCUGGCACUGGGCCAAGGCGCCUGGGACAUGAUCGACAGCCAGGUCUUCAAGGAGCCCAAGAUGGAGGUGGAGCUCGUCACCAGGUUCCUGCCGAUGCUCAUGUCCUUCGUGGUGGAUGACUACACCUUCAGCGUGGACCAGAAGCUCCCGGCCGAGGAGAAGGCCCCGGCCACCUAUCCCAGCACGCUCCCCGAGAGCUUCACCAAGUUCCUGCAGGAGCAGCGCAUGGCGUGCGAGGUGGGGCUCUACUACGUGCUGCACAUCACCAAGCAGCGGAACAAGAACGCGCUGCUCCGCCUGCUGCCUGGGCUUGUGGAGACCUUCGGCGACCUGGCCUUCGGUGACAUCUUCCUGCACCUGCUCACGGGGAACCUGGCCCUGCUGGCUGACGAGUUUGCCCUCGAGGACUUCUGCAGCAGCCUCUUCGACGGCUUCCUCCUCACUGCCUCACCCAGGAAGGAGAACGUCCAGCGACACGUGCUACGGCUGCUGUUGCACCUGCACCCCAGGGUGGCCCCCUCUAAGCUGGAGGCCUUGCAGAAGGCUCUGGAACCCACGGGCCAGAGCGGAGAGGCGGUGAAGGAGCUCUACUCGCAGCUGGGCUUGAAGCUGGAGCAGCUGGACCAGCAGAAGCCCAGCCCUGCCCAGGCCCCUGAGACGCCGGCCCUGGAGCUGCCCCUCCCCAGCGGGCCCACCUCAGCUGCACUCUGAUGGGAGUGGGCUGCUGGGGGGUCCUUCUCAGCCAGGGCGGCCUGUGCCGGCUGAGCGGACUGUCCCACCUCAGACUGGCGGGAGCCAGUGGCCUAGGAUGUCGUGUGGCCCCGAGGUGGCACCUUCUCGGCCGCAUGGGGUCCCGAGGAGUACGGCCCCUCCAUGCGCCUCACAGCUGGAACGUACAUUCGGCCUUGCCUGCACUGGCGUCCUCAUGGCGUGCAGACGGCCGCAGACGGGAUUAGGAAGACCCAGCUGUUGCCCAGGGGAAUCGACGAGGCCUCGCUGCCGGUGCGCGGAGCGGGCCGGGCCGCUGCGUUGACCUGGCUUGCGGCUGGCGGCCGCCGGAUUCCGGCCUGUGUCGGAAGGACGGUCCCCAGGCCCGUGUGGGGCCAGCACAUCCCACAGCCCCGGGCGUGGGCGUGACCAGAGAAGGCGCAGGCAGUCACCUGCUUCCUUUCUCACCCUUAGAGCUGAGUGCUCCUCCUUGCUCAGCGGACCGUCUCCGCCCUCUGCCGUGUGGGGACAACUGGUGCCCGCGGUGAGAUGUCACUUUUGUAAAUAAAAGGCGUUUUGGUAGACGC